CAUAUAAAAAUACAAAUGAAUUUCAAAAAGCAUAAGCUGGUAGGGAGGGAUGGUCAAGUGUAUAUAUCUUUUAAAUCUUGAUUUUAACAUUCCUGUCACAUAACAUGUGCAUAAUUUUAUUAAAUGGAGUCUAGGCCUGGUUUUAUCUGUUGAAAGUAUGUCAGAUGCGAAUGCUGUUCUCUAACCAUUGUUAGGAGCUUGGAACCAGAUUGGAAAAGAAAAUAAUUUGCAUUUAAGAAGAUGAAUUUUUUGCUUUUGGAACCAAAUGAAGGCAUUGGAGAAAGCAAAAUACUAAAGAAUAUAUAUAUUGAAGGAUUUAAAUUUACAAAUAUAUGUUUUUGAAUUUUUGUUUUAAAUUUAAUCUUAACGUCAUAGGUCAGGUCCAGAACUGAAGGAAAACCAGAGUGAAACUUAUGGGGGAAAUUUGAAUUGGACUGCCUACUUUUGCUUGGUUUCUUUCUUUUUAUGCUUUGUCUAACUUCAUUCUGGAAGCUUUAUCAUUAUUCUGAACUAGGACAGAGAUUAUGAGGAUUAUUCUUCCUUUUCAUCUCACUUUGUUUUUUAUUUCUUCCAGUCAGAUGUUCAAGUGAGGCUAACAACACAGUAUUGAAGCUCAAAAUAUUUAUGCAAGAAUUGUUAACGGAGUUUUAAGUUGAAAAGAGAUACUAUGCAACAAGAUAGUGGUUCUGGUGGCCCUUCAACAUCUAAUGUGCCUACUGGGCACUUACAUCGACGUAGAGGUUCAAAUGAGAGUCCUCCGGAAGCUAUUGAAACAAAUGGCAGCUAUUUACUCGUUAAUGAUAGAAAGAAAUACAAGUCGAUGUUAAUCCGUUUAUAUUCAUCUGUUUGGAUGAUUGGAGGCUUUGUCUUCAUAAUAUACUUGGGUCACCUUUACAUCUGGGCCAUGGUGGUGGUUAUCCAAAUCUUUAUGGCAAAAGAACUGUUCAAUUUACUAAGGAGGGCACAUGAAGAACGUCGCCUCCCAGGUUUCAGGCUCUUAAAUUGGCACUUUUUCUUCACAGCAAUGCUGUUUGUAUACGGUCGUAUUCUCAAUCAGAGGCUCGCCAAUACUGUUACUUCAGACAAAUUUUUGUAUCAGCUCGUUAGCAGAUUUAUCAAGUAUCAUAUGGUUACCUGCUAUUUCUUGUAUAUCGCUGGUUUUAUGUGGUUUAUUCUUACACUAAAGAAGAAGAUGUACAAGUAUCAGUUUAGUCAAUAUGCAUGGACGCAUAUGAUUUUGAUUGUGGUGUUCACACAGUCCUCCUUUACUGUGGCAAAUAUUUUUGAAGGAAUUUUCUGGUUUCUUCUUCCAGGGUCACUUAUUAUCAUCAAUGAUAUUGCUGCUUACUUUUUCGGGUUUUUCUUUGGGAGAACUCCUUUGAUCAAGUUAUCACCAAAGAAAACAUGGGAGGGCUUUAUCGGAGCAUCUGUUACUACUAUUAUAUCUGCAUUUGUGCUUGCAAAUUUCUAUGGUCGUUAUCAGUGGCUAACAUGUCCGAGGAAGGAUUUAUCAACUGGUUGGCUUCAUUGUGAUCCUGGUCCACUUUUUAAGCCAGAAUAUUGUUCACUGCCAGAAUGGGUUCCUCAAUGGUUCCCUUGGAAAGAGUUCCCUAUUUUGCCAGUACAGUGGCAUGCAUUGUGGCUUGGCCUAUUCGCAUCAAUUAUAGCACCAUUUGGAGGCUUUUUUGCCAGUGGCUUUAAAAGAGCUUUCAAGAUCAAGGAUUUUGGUGAUAGUAUUCCUGGGCAUGGUGGAAUCACUGAUAGAAUGGAUUGCCAGAUGGUGAUGGCUGUAUUUGCAUAUAUCUAUCAUCAGUCAUUUGUUGCACCUCAGAGCAUAUCAAUUGAGAUGCUUAUGGAUCAGAUAUUGAUGAACCUUACUUUCGAGGAGCAGCUCGAUCUCUACAUGAAGCUCGGGCAGAUGAUCCAGGGCAGGCAGUUUGGAGAAGCCUAUUUAAAUGACUGAUUAUGUAUAUAUAUUACAAAUGUUAAGCUGCAUGCUUUUAGUCGAAAGAGUGUUUUUCAUUUUUUUUCCUCAUUCAAAAUAACUGUGCAGUACUCUUUACAUUUUGCACUCUGUACCGUGCUUGUCCCAUCAGAUUUGUGGGAAAUCUUUGGAUGAAUUUCUGUAGCAUC